AUGCCAUUAGCAGGUCUAAAUGGAAUUUCAUCAAUACAAGAGCUGCAGUUAUUGAAAGCUGAGAUUCUUGGAAAUGAUAGCGCCAAGCAAUAUCAUCUGAAUUCCUCGGUCACUCCACUAAUAGACUCUCUUAUUGCUACGCUGACCUUCAACGAUAAUCAAGAGGUCCUUAAAAAUUGUUCCAUAAUUUUGGAAUCAUUCGCAUAUUUCAAGUUCAAUACUACUCAGUUGAUCAAAGAGAAAGGAAACAAAAUCGUUGAUGCGUUGAUUGUAAGUUCCUUGAAGCAUCAAGAACUCUGUGAAGUCAACUUUAAAACCAUCAAGUCAUUACUCGCCCAAGAUUUGCCCGAGUGUACUAUAAAUUUGUCUAUCAACAAGCAGGGAGAGAAUCUGAUGGAACUGAUUUACGGCAUCUUGGACUUGUCUAAUAAAAAUGUCUCGAAGGAGUUACUCAGUUGCACUUGUAAACUGAUUCCCUACUUGCAGACACCUUCCUUAACAAGGUUAAUUACGCCACUCAUGAAUCGCCUUUCCGUGGAGUUCACCCCGAUUUUUAUAUUUCUGCUGAGAGAGAAUUCAUUGGAUAAUUUUACCACUUCAUGGUAUCAAAUGGUACCCCCUCAUUUCUCAACUCCAGACCUGGUGUCGAGUGAAAUAGUCUCUUAUCUUUUCGCUUUAUCUUCGAUUUUGAAGCAUUUGGCGUCAAGGAAUGAAAAAGAUAGAUUCGAAAUGCCUAAACCGUUUUAUUACGUCCUGACAUCGUUUUUGAGAAAUGAAGAUUUAUGUUUAAAACUGAUAACAAUCAACAUUCUGAUCUUAUAUUUCAAGAAUUGGCCUGCUACUGCCGAGCUGAAGACACUUAACCAGAAAAAGUUGCUACCUAGUUUGAUAACCAUGAUUGACCUCUUUCAUAAGACUGAUGGCUCCAAUAAAGAUAUUUCUUUACAACUAGAUGACCUUUUUGUUUCUUCCAAUUUGAAAAUCAUACGCAAAAUGAGUCCAUUAUAUCUUCUGUCUUUGCUUAGCGAGGAGGAUGAUAUUAACGAAUUUUUUGCGGACAACAACUUUAUAAUGAAGCUUGUCAACAUUAUCUCGAAGAAUUACAAACCUGAGAAAGAUAGUUCAAAUUCUGACUACUUGGACCCGAAGUCGCUAUAUACUGUUAGUGAUUGCCUGCAAAUAUUGGCUAACAUAACGUCCAACAACGAGGAAUACAGAGAUGAAAUUAUCAAGCAUGACAUUGUUUCAGAAUGUGUGGUGGAUCUUGUCUCUCGUCAUAUUAAUAUUUACAAAGAGUUUCACGGAGACGCUGCUCAGUUGGAUCAUGUCAUUACUAUAUUGAAGCUUUCAAACAUAAUCACGACGUCUGCUCUGUACUUGGUCCGCUCACUGUCACGAUCAGCGCCAUUGCUACGAACCUACCUAGUAGAUUUAAACAUUGUAAACUCGUUGACGGAUCUGGUGAAACUGCCUUUGGUUUCAAGAGACAAUGAAUCUUGUGCGUCCUUAUUGGAUGACGAAAUUACACUCAAGGCGCUAGUUUUGGGAAUCAUUUCCAAUUGUGUGGUGGAAUAUAGUUCUUUGAAAAAAAAUGUUUUCAAUGAAGACUUCCUGAAGGUAUUGUCUUAUUUUGUUUCGGAAGAGAACGAGUUUGAAUUCUUAAAGAACAAUGCCUUAUCAAUUCUUAGAAAUUACCUUUACGGGGAUGAUAUCAUUGAUAAAAAAUUAUUUUUGGACAAAGUUCCUUUAUCAAGAAUUUUUGAACUUUGUUAUUCUUCAAAUCUGCAAAUUCAAGAAAAAGCAUUCAAUAUUAUCCGAAACUUGUCCUGUGGUCCUCUUAACUAUUCGAACAAAAUCAUUCAAUCAUUCUGUUCCGACCCGACAGCAAAAGCUCACGAUGAUAAAGAUUUUUUGAAUUUUCUAUUAAAAAAUUUGAAGAGUUUAUCAUCCACAUUAAAGGAGGAUGACAUUAGUAAAAGAAAGGAAUCAGAAACUUAUGAGGUUAUUCUUGCUAUCACUUAUAUCCUGGUCCAUUUUGCGGCCUCUAAUGAAGAUAACAGAUCAAUGAUUAUUUGUAAUCAAGAAUUGCUCGACUUCAUUUAUAUGUUAUUGGAGACUCCUUUAGUACAAGAAAUAGAAGGGGUCUCCUCCGAAUGGGCCGCUUUCCAUAAAGAUCUGAUGAUAUCAUGUAUUUGGAUAGUUACCAACUUAACAUGGAAGGACGAUACAUCUUCAGAUCUGGAAGAUUCAGAUGUUGAAAUGGAUAUGGAAACUAUUGAAGAAGAAAUAAAUGUUGGGUACUUGAAUGAGCUAACUUCCGAUGAACAUUUCAAGAAGAUGCGAGCACCUAGAUCAAGAGCGUUGAAGCUAAUUAAAGAUGGAUUUUAUGAUGUUAUCAAGAAAUUGAGUUUUGAAAGCGACAACACGGACACCAAGGAAAGAGCCAGAGCGGCAAUGUUUCAAUUGAUACUUUUCGACAAAGAUCAUAAUGUUGAUGAGUGA